CUAUUCACAAUAACGCGGGAAGGGCACAUGUUGUUGUAAAAUGGCGGGAGGGGACGUUCAAGAAUUGCUUAAAGCCUUAUUAUCUACAGAUAAUGAUAUCAGAAGCAAAGCAGAGGAGUCCUAUGAGUUGGUCCCGACCGAGCAGAAGGUUAACAUCCUUCUCGGAGCAAUCUCCAACACUACAGAGAUUGCGGAGGAUGGGCGCCAGCUCGCCUCCGUCAUGCUCAGGAGACUUUUCUCAUCAGAGUUUGAUGAGUUCUAUGCGAAGCUGCCUGAUGAGCAAAAAGCCCAGCUAAAGCAUCAAAUCUUGUUAUGUGUGCACAAUGAACCAAACAAAAACUGCCGAAGAAAAUGUGCAGAUCUGGCUGCUGAAGUUGCACGAAACCUCACCGACGACGACGGAAACAAUCUCUGGCCGGAAUUUCUAAAAUUUCUUUUUGACUGCGCAAGUUCUGCUAACCCUGAGAUAAAGGAGGUUGCCCUCCACAUGUUCGCCAGUAUACCCGGUGUCUUCGGCAACCAGGAAAAGCAGUAUAUCGACGUUAUAAAGCAGAUGUUGCUCGCCAGUCUCAACGAUCCAACAUUCGACGUAAGGUUCACAGCGGUAAAAGCCACUGGAAACUACUUAAUGCUUCAUGAGAAGGACUCUGCAGUGCAGAAGCAUUUCGCCGACCUUCUAGGACCUAUGAUGCAGGUCACUGUUCAGUCUGUUGAAAACCAGGACGACGAAGCGUGCCUUAAAACAUUAAUCGACAUUACCGAGACGAUGCCGAAGUUUUUGCGACCCCAGUUGGAGCAGAUCUUUCAGCUUUGUUUGAAGAUGGUGUUGAACGAGGAACUAGGAGAGUCCUGGAGACAUCUAGCGUUGGAGUUUAUAGUUACUACCUCCGAGACUGCUCCUGCUAUGGUACGGAAAGUAGUUGGUGGAUGUAUUGGAGCUGUUGUCCAGGCUUGUCUACAGAUGAUGACAGAUAUUGAUGAGGAGGAGGAUUGGUCAACCAAUGAAGCACCAGAGGACGAGGAUAAUGACAGCAAUGCAGUUGUAGCGGAGAGUGCUCUUGAUCGUCUUGCAUGUGGUUUAGGAGGGAAAACUGUAUUUCCACACAUCAUGCAGCUCACUCCUACCAUGCUUCAGUCACAGGAUUGGAAGUACAGACACGCUGCUCUUAUGGCAAUAUCAGCAUCUGGCGAGGGAUGCCAUAAACAGAUGGAACCUUUCCUCUCUCAGGUUAUGGACGGAGUCAUAAACUACAUUCAGGAUCCUCAUCCCAGAGUAAGAUACGCCUGCUGUAACGCUAUCGGACAAAUGUCUACUGAUUUCGCGCCAGUUUUUGAGAAGAAAUUCCACGCUCGUGUUCUUCCUGGCCUUCUCCUUCUGAUGGACGACAACGCAAAUCCUCGAGUACAAGCUCAUGCUGGAGCCGCGUUGGUCAACUUCAGCGAGGACUGUCCUAAAAAUAUCUUGGUUCCAUACCUUCCACAGAUAAUGGAGAAAUUAGAAUCAGUACUUAAGGCCAAGUUUAACGAACUAGUAGAGAAGGGAAACAAACUGGUUCUAGAGCAGAUAGUCACUACCAUAGCCUCAGUUGCAGAUACAGCAGAGGAUAACUUUGUGGAGCACUAUGACAAGUUUAUGCCCUGUCUCAAGUAUAUGAUAGAGAAGGCAACUAGCCCGGAGCUCCGUAUGCUGCGUGGUAAAACUAUUGAGUGUGUUUCUCUCAUUGGUCUAGCCGUAGGUGGAGAUAAAUUCUCAGCUGAUGCUAGUGAGGUGAUGGAACUGUUACUCUCCAGCCAGGUGAAGGGCGAGGAACUAGCCGAGGAUGAUCCCCAGAUGUCCUACAUGAUCUCAGCCUGGGCUAGAAUAUGUAAAAUCCUCGGAGCCAGGUUUGCUCCCUAUCUACCCCUGGUCAUGGGACCGGUGAUGAAGACGGCGAGCUUGAAGCCGGAGGUUGCUAUGCUGGACAACGAUGAGUUGAACGGCGUGGAGGAGGAGACCGAGGACUGGCAGUUUGUCCAGCUGGGGGAGCAGCAGAACUUUGGGAUUAAAACUGCAGGAUUAGAGGACAAAGCUACAGCCUGCCAGAUGUUGGUCUGUUACGCCAGAGAGUUGAAGGAACACUUCUCCGACUAUACAGAGCAGGUUGUAAAGCUGAUGGUUCCCAUGCUGAAGUUCUAUUUCCAUGACGGGGUUAGAACUGCAGCAGCAGAAUCUCUUCCCUUCCUUCUUGAAUGUGCUAAGAUCAAGGGUCCUGCCUAUCUCCAGGAGAUGUGGGGCUUCAUGCUUCCAGAACUUCUCAAGGCUACAGAAGCUGAACCUGAGAAUGAUGUGUUGGCUGAGCUGCUGGCGAGCCUGGCUAGAUGUAUUGAACUACUUGGCAAGGAUUGUCUAGGAGUCACAGGAUUAGAGGAAACUGUUGUUCUUCUCGACAAAACUAUGACAGAGCAUUUCCGUCGCGAGGAGGAGAGAGCUGGUAAACGGGCAGGAGGCGAGGAGGACUAUGACGAGGGAGUAGAGGAACAACUAGAGGACGAGGAUGACGAGGAUGUAUAUAUCCUAAGCAAGGUUGGAGACGUGAUUCAUGCUAUGUUUGUUACACACGGAGAGGGAUUCCUCCCGGCCUUUGAACGUCUUCUCCCUCUGUUCAGUCGGCUUCUUGAACCUACACGACCCUGGUCUGAUCUACAGUGGGGACUUUGUAUAUUUGAUGAUCUUAUAGAAUAUACAGGUGGCACCAGCCAGAAGUACCAGGAGGUGUUCCUGGCCCGCCUACUCAGCUGUGUAUCCAGUACUCAACCAGAGGUUAGACAAGCUGCUGCAUACGGUUGUGGAGUCCUGGGACAAUGUGGUGGACCUGGAUACGCCCAGAUCGCCAGUCAAGCUGUACCUCUUCUCGUGGACAUCAUUCAGCAUGGUGAGAGCAGACAACCCGAGAACAUAAACCCUACAGAAAAUGCAAUCUCAGCUGUUACAAAGAUUUUAAAGUUCAAUGGAUCUGCCUGUAACCUGGAUUCAAUUCUUCCAGUUUGGUUUUCUUGGCUUCCAGUGACUGAGGACACUGAUGAGGCUCCUUAUGUUUACGGGUUUCUAGCUGAUCUUGUACAGGCCAAUAAUACACACAUCCUUGGACCUAACAAUUCAAAUCUUCCCCGGGUUGUUGCCAUCAUAGCAGAGGCGAUAGCUUGUGAAGUUCUUCGUCCUGAAGCAGAGGAAAAGCUUAGAAUAAUCAACAUAGUUAAAGAAGUUUCGGGCAAUCCAACUGUUUUCGAAGCUUGUGUUUCUGGUCUGUCGGAGCCUCAGAAGAAAGCAAUUCAGGAGAUUCUAACCUCCUAGUAGUUAAUACAAAUACAAGAUUGCUGAUAACUGUAGUCUCUGCUGUAUGCAAUAAGCUGUGAUAGUGGGCGUGGUCAGCUGCUCCUCGACUCCACCCACACCCGGAAAAGCAAUCACCAGCUCUACAGUCAUGUCAGCAACACGUGCUGAUUAUUCAGCGAGCACGAUUAACCUUGGAGCAAAUUUUUGUAUAAAUAUGUUGCAGAAUAUAUAUUCUUUUUUGA